AAUCAUUGGCGGCGAAUGCCCUGCCCGCCUGGCGUCGGGGCUGCAGGAAGGAUGCGAAGCCUGAGCUCGGUGUGGCUGCUGGGGGGCGCCAUCCUGCUGGCGGCCUCUGCUUCCUGCAAUCGCACCGUCCAAGGAACCAAUAGAACGUCUAAAGGAAGAAGUCUCAUUGGUAAGAUUGAUAGCUCAUCUCAAAUCACUGGGAAAGGAGUUACGGUGGAACCAGGCUUUUCUGUGGAUGAGUUUUCUACCUCCGUCCUCACUGGAAAAUUGACUACUGUCUUUCUUCCAAUCGUCUACACAAUUGUAUUUGUAAUAGGUUUGCCAAGUAAUGGCAUGGCCCUAUGGGUCUUUCUUUUCCGAACAAAGAAAAAGCACCCUGCUGUGGUUUACAUGGCCAAUCUAGCCUUGGCAGACCUCCUCUCUGUGAUCUGGUUCCCUUUGAAGAUUGCCUAUCACAUACAUGGCAACAACUGGAUUUACGGGGAAGCCCUCUGCAAGGUACUCAUUGGAUUUUUCUAUGGCAACAUGUACUGUUCCAUUCUCUUCAUGACCUGCCUCAGUGUGCAGAGGUAUUGGGUCAUCGUGAAUCCCAUGGUGCACCCCAGGAAGAAGGCAAACAUUGCCUUUGGUGUCUCCCUGGGGAUAUGGCUGCUGAUUCUGCUGGUUACCAUCCCCUUGUAUGUCGUGAAGCAGACUGUCUACAUUCCAGCCCUUAACAUCACAACCUGCCAUGAUGUUUUGCCUAAGGAGGUGCUGGUAGGAGACAUGUUCAAUUAUUUCCUCUCUCUGGCCAUCGGAGUCUUUUUAUUCCCAGCCUUCCUCACGGCCUCUGCCUAUGUGCUAAUGAUCAGAACACUCCGAUCUUCUGCUAUGGAUGAAAACUCGGGAAAGAAGAGGCAGAGAGCCAUCAAGCUCAUUGUCACCGUCCUGGCCAUGUACCUGGUCUGCUUCACUCCCAGUAACCUUCUGCUUGUGGUGCAUUAUUUCCUGAUUAAAACCUGGAGCCAGAGCCACGUCUACGCCCUGUACAUUGUAGCCCUCUGCCUCUCCACCCUCAACAGCUGCAUUGACCCCUUUGUCUAUUACUUUGUUUCACAAGACUUCAGGGAUCAUGCAAAGAAUGCACUCCUUUGUCGAAGUGUUCGUACUGUAAAGCGGAUGCAAGUAUCCCUCACAUCCAAGAAAUUCUCCAGGAAAUCCAGCUCUUACUCUUCAAGUUCAACCAGUGUUAAAACCUCCUAUUGACUCUUGCACCCCCUCCGUUGGUUGUUUUACAGGAGGAUUUGGAACCUGCUUCGUGUUAUGGGUAUGUUUCUGUUGUUUCCUGACCAAGUGGGUCUCACCACAUACCACCAUGUAUAUGCAACAUCUCUCAGGAUUGCUGGAAGCUUCCCUGUUUGCAUGAGGAAAGUCCCCCAAAUUAAUACAGAUGUCAAUUUUAGACUUCUUCUCAGAUGCUCCCGGAAAUGCAACCAACAGAAGCAAACUUUUCAGACGACGGUGAAAACACAGAGACCCAGUGACUUGUACAAACUAGUGUUGGCGUGCAGACAGAGUUCUUAGCUGAGACUACGUUUCUUUUACAUCUGGGCUCAGUGCCAGCCCUCUUAGGGCUUCAGUGCCCUCAGAGAUGAUCAGACCAACUGACUGACUGUACAGAUGAGGAGGCUAAAGAGGCGAAGAAGCUACUCACAGUAGGGGAGCUUCCGUUCCAACCAGUGGCAGCCAGUUAGUGUUGGACAGUACAGUGAGAAUGUUCAGUGGAGUCCUCCUCCCACCUCCUCGUGGCUCUUGUUUACAAAUGCAGGUUCGUCAGACUCAGGAAUGAGAGCUCAGGGUCUGGGUCAGAAACCUGCGUUUUAAUGAGCCUCUGCUGCAUGUGCCCACACACACCAGCCUUUGAGAACCAUGGGUCUGGGUGCUGCUUCUACUCACAAGGUGCCACAGGAGAAGCAUACAGUGCUCUGGGUGUCUUUUGCAAGCAGCUUGUGAUGACGUCUCUUUGUUGUCUCAUCAGGGCUUUCAGUCAUUUAUCAGUCCUUUGAGGUUUUGGGUGUGCCCUUACCACGACAAGGAAAAUACAGUGCAGAUCUUAAAGGUGGAAAUACAAAUUGUGUGUAACUGUAUACUGACUCAGAAUCUUCAGGUAGUGUGAGUGACAGAUGGUUUCAAAGUAAGGAUGGCAUUUGCCACUUAGUAUUUUUCAUAAUUAUAGUUGGACUAUUUAUUGUCAGUUUUCUUCACUUGCUACCAAAUAUGACAUUGUAAUGCCUUCACUGGAUUUGAACCACAUCUGUUUGGGAAAGAAUGCUAAAGAGAUGUGAUUUACAGUAUAUUUAGGGGGCUAUUUACCCCAAACUGAAUUUGUAACUGUUGUAUUUGUGUGUUUUUUUUUGAAAUAAUUUUAUUGUAGAGAUUUAUAAAUAACACAUGACCCUGUUUUUUACAACUUA